AUGGUUGAAAAUUUGGCGUAUACAAUGUUUGUUCUCCUUGUCAGGUAAACUAUUUUGAGUGAUAGACUAAACAAGGCAAUUUGUGGUGACCACAACCUUCACUGACGUUAUACUGUUGUUCGUUCAGCGAUAUUUACACAGUGCUCUCUCAAUUAGUGGCUAAUUUUCAAAGUUAAUUAGUAUUGCAAUCGCUAAUGCUCCGCUAAGCUGCCACAGAAUUCAAUACAGUGCAAUCUGAAUAUAACAAAGGACCAAGAGACUGACAAUGUUUGCUAAACAGUAAAUAACGAGGGCUACUUAAUUGCCAUUUAUAUGGAAAAAGCUGGGAAUUUAGGUUGGAAAAUCACAUGGUUCGCGCUAUUCCGUUUGGAAAGCUUCAGAAAACAUGGGUUGUGUUUUUAGCGAUGCAAUAAUUUUAUUUUCUACACUUUGCAGUCUCUCCAGCAGCUUAUUUGGAUAUUAACUUUGUGGCGGUGCGUUCGCCCCCGCAAGUGCGAUGUUUUUGCGAGCACGAGCAGAUAUAAAAAAUUUGUUUUCGAGCAGCGAGCAGUUUAGAGAGUACAACUCGCGAGCAGGGAGCACUUCUUAUACUUUCCGCUUGCAGCAAUCCAUAUGGAAAGCCUUUUCUUUAAGAUAAAACAGAAAAUAGUUUAAAACGGGCUUUUAAUUUAGAGCACAAAACCUUAAGAGAACUUCGUCUAAAGUAAAAACACAGCUAUACGCAAGCGAUCCCGAAGAUUGUCUAAUAUUCAAUUACGAGUUCACCUCUCAGGUAGAGAAACAUCUUGUGAUUGGAACCGUUUGGGAAGUGCAGUUCACAGACGAAGAUUUUUAUAUCGAUUUAAACCAAGAGCUCUACGAAGAAUGUCUCGAGCGUACAAGGGGGGUUGAAGAAAGGGACAUGACUUGGGUGGAUGAAGAAGAACUUGAAGAGGAACAAGAUCCUCGUGUCAGAACAACCUCUUCUGGAAAAAUCCUAAAGCUUCCAGACCGUUUUUAUUGA